ACCGGUCGUCGGUUGGUUUUUAUUGACCGUAAUGUGAAACCCAGCCUCCGACCACUUUACGUGGGAGUCAUCACAUCUAUGUAUGUUUCUAUGUUUGUGUCUGUAGAAGGAAACAAGUGUCACGUUGACCAUUCCGAAACUAUUUCCUAUGUUACAAAAGCGCAAACUGUUGAAAGAAUAUUAGAAAAAAUUAUUUUCAAGAUACCUCUAUAUAUUAAUAAGAAGGUAAUCAUCAAGAGAAUUAUUGUUAGUACUUAAUAGUUUUAGGGGACGCUUUUAGGAUGCAUUUUUAAUUUCUUUAUAUUAAUAUAGCUAUUAAUUUACCUAAACUACUCAUUUCUGUAUUUUUAACUAGCUAAUCAAUUCUAAUUCUGUAAUUUAUUUAGUUAACAAUUUCUUUUUUUGGCUGCUCUGCAUGAUUUGACAAAAAUGUUUAAUUUCAUGUAUUUCAAUUUUUUUAAAAUUGACCAGUAAAUAUUACUUUCUAUUACUUAUAUAUACAUACUUAUUUUGUUAUGUUUAUAUAUAUUUUUGAAAUUAUUAUUAACGUAUUCUGUUUUUACUAGCCAAACAUGGUGCAAGUGGCUCGUUCGCCCCUAAUCGGAUGCACGUGUAUUUCACAUGUGUAUUCUAGUAAAGGGAAGGGGUAGGGUGGGGGUUAACGGCAACAUGCAUCGGGGAAGAGGGAAUCCUGGAGGAAACGAAAGAAGCCACAGCGGCUUAGUCAUUCAUAAACGAACCGCUAGUGUGGUCGGACGCCUCUUUUGAGUUACUGUAGUUAUUUUAACGAUUAACUGAUAACGGCGCAGUGCAGCAUGGCUGCACGAAAAAAAGAGGAAUCAUCAAAGCAACGUUAUCAAGCGAACGCACGUGAAAGGGAUCGCACUCAUAGGAGAAUAUUCAAUUAUGAAAAAUUCGCGAAUACUCUAAGCGAGGGUAAGGAAUCCAAACGCGAAAUUCAAGAAAUCCAAUCUUCGCUCUGCAGUGUGAACACGGCUUUCAGUACCUUGAGAACUUUAAUACCAACGGAACCUGCGGAUAGGAAAUUAUCAAAAAUAGAGACAUUGAGAUUAGCGAGCAGUUACAUCAGCCAUUUGGGUGCUGUUCUUGUUGCCGGUCCUAUAGAUCAACCGUGUUUACGCGUUGAGGAUAGUAGCGGACUUUACGGAACAAAUUAUUGGACUGAUUCACAAACAAGGCCGCAAGUGUGCACUUUUUGCCUUGCUAUGCACAAAAAAUAUAAUUUAAAUAUUACUUCAGGAGCAAUUUCAAAUUAUUGAAAGGAGAACAUAUGUAUACUGUUUUUGAGAAAUCAACAUCUAUCGACUUAAGCAAUGUAUAAAGAUUAAGAUAUACAUAAAUAAUUUACUGUACAUUUCUUGUAUAUAUACGAAUAUUAUUAAGUUUAAUAAAGUUUAUAUUGUAUCUAUUAA